AUGUGCGAAAGUGUGUCGGACAUGUGCGCAUAUGUUUCAGGUGUUGAUGUGAGUAUGGAAAUACGUGGUUUUAAGCCCAAUGCUGCGACCAUUGCUACACCGCGAUGGAAAUGUUUUCUUGAGGAUGCUAAAGGAGAAUGUCGUGCACAACAUGCCCUGGAGAAUCCCUUCCCAGCUUUAGUUGCCAAUUUACCAUCAUCUGUGAGCGAGGUUCUCGUUUCAGUUUUGAUUGCAUGGGACCAGGACGGCAAACAAUUUGAAGCUGGGAUUUGGCCACAACAAAAAUCCAACAUGGCUCGUCUGAAAUCUGCUGCGAGCCUGGAGCCCCAAUCAUACUCACUCAUUCCCCCGGCUUCGGUCCCCAUUCAUGAACAUGCAAAGUGGGUAGAGCAUACUGCUGCUGCCUUACUUGAAGGGUCACUCUUCCUGCACUUUGGAUUAGAUGAAUAUGGGAAAACCAGGAAUUUUGCGCAUCCUGCACUUCGUGACAUUGUUAUCAUCUUCUUCUACACAGGCCUUACCGAAUCACAUCCAAGCGACCAGACAUAUUCUGCAAUCAAUUGCCUACAUCAUGUCUAG